ACACACAGACAGACACGUGGCUUGGACGCUCAACUUUGAGGCUCGUGGGUGUUUGGUUGGAGGAGCUGGAAGUUGGGCCUUCUGGAUCCACGGCUGACAGGGCAGCUGUGCAUGCACAGUCCCGCUCAGCGCUCGUAGCUGUGAGGACACAGCGAGUGCAGCUGCAGCGGUCAUGGCUGCUGGCUUCCUAAUUACAAGAUUAUUGCUGGUCUGUUUGUUGAGUGAGGUGAACUACUCCUCAGCUUUUCCAAGAGCCAGAAGUUUUGUGCAACCGAGAGUGUGGCAAAGUGAAGGAGAGGAGGAAGAAGUCUAUAACUAUGAGAACUGUCAUCCUUUCUACUACAUCAGUGCCCAGGACAAAACAUCGGAAAAGCAGGGAGGUUUUAUGGCAGCCCCUAUCCAUAUCUGUAAACAAAACCAUCCCAGUGUGUACCAAAAAGCCUUAAACCUCAAGCCUGCAAACCCCUUCCAGCCACGAUCUAAUGUUGCCACCAAAUGGCCAAAGAAGACUGUUCUACCCCAGCCUCCAUCACAGAAGAAAUAUCUAUCACCCAAACCCAAAAGCUAUGAAUUUAGUCUGAGCAUUCCUUAUUUUGAUCUUUUGGUCAGAAAUGAAGGGGGGGAUUUGGCCAGUGAAGGACAUGAUGGUGGAAAUUAUACUGCUCCUGUCUCCAAACCAGGCUUUCAAAUCGAUUUAUCCAUUCCCUUAUCAUCUGUUUCUCAAUCUCCCAAUAUCCCAAUGACCAGCUAUGUUGACCAUUCAGUAAAUCAAGAAAAUCCAGAGAACACUGAGUUUGUCAAUUACGGUAACAUAAAGCCGGAAAUGCCACAAUCAAGGCAACCCUUCUUAAACUCUGCUGGUAGUAGUUACUUAGAUGCACAGGAGCAGACUUAUCAACCAUAUUCCAUCGAAACACAAUCAAGUUCAACUCUUCUUGGAUCAGCAAGACCUUUUCUAAAUUUUCAAACACAGGAGCAGACUUAUGGACCAGGUCACGUUAAACCACAAACUUCCACCCUGCAUGAAACUGAAAGGCCUUUCUUCAACUUUGAAACACCACCACAAGAGACUUUAGAGCCAAGUCGUGUUAAACCCCAAUCAAGUUCUGCAAUAACUGGAUCAGAAUGGCCUUUCUUUAACUCGGCAGCAACACAGCACCAGACAUAUGAACCAGGUUAUCUUAAACCACAAUCAAUUUCAGGCCCGGGAGGAUCAGAUUGGCCUGCUUUAAACUCAGCACCAACCCAGCCACAAACCUUUGAGGCUGAUGGUAUUAAACCGCAAUCAAGUUCAACCCUUGGCACAUCAGAAUGGCCUGCCUUCAAUUUGGCACCACCACGGCAACAAACCUUUGAGGGAGAUGGUCUUAAACCACAGUCAAGUUUAACCCUUGGUGGAUCAGAAUCUCCUGUCCUAAACUUGGCACCAAUUCAUCAACAGACUCAUGAGUCAGGUUAUCUUAAGCCUCAAUCAAGUUCAACCCUUGGUGGAUCAGAAUGGCCUGCCUUCAAUUUGCCACCAACUCUGCAACAAACCUUUGAGCCAAGUCACGUUAAGCCACAAUACAGUUCAGCCCUGGAUGGAUCAGAAUGGCCUGCCUUCAACCAGGCACCAAUUCAGCAACAGACUCACGAGUCAGGUUAUCUUAAACCACAAUCAAGUUUAACUGUUGGUGGAUCAGAAUGGCCUGCCUUCAAUUUGCCACCACCAUGGCAACAAUCCUUUGAGGGAGAUGGUCUUAAACCACAAUCCAGUUCAGCAAUAGCUGGAUCAGAAUGGCCUGCCUUAAACUCAGCAGCAACACAGCAACAGACUCAUGAGUUGGGUUAUCUUAAACUGCAAUCAAGUUCAGCCCUGGAGGGAUCAGAAUGGCCUGCCUUAAACUUGGCACCAACUCUGCAACAGGCUUCUUUACACAGGCUUCUUUAACUCAGUGUCAACUCUGUUCAAUCUGUGCCCAUUUCUGCCAAGACUGUAACUCACCAUGUAAAUAAAUAUACAAUUUCCUUCUUGCA